UCAAUAUUCCAGCGCGCCUGAAAAGUGAAAAUUGAAAAAUUUCACGAUCGAGGAAUCUAUCGAAUUUCUAGUACAUAACUUGGUUUCGUGUUCAGUUGUUUAUGUGUUUUCAUCUUUCAUAAACUACAACUUAAUUUGAUUAACACAACGCGACUACAUAUUUGUUAAGAUUCCCUAUACGUGCAGCUAUUGAAAUAAAUUUCAUCUUAGGUCAUCAAGAUAGUCGCAGAUCGAAUCACGAAAUGACUGAUAAUUUGUGUACCACUGAUAUUCGAGUCGACAAAGUGAAAUUCACAUGGGUUAUUAAUCAAUUUACUUUCCAUGUGAGAAAAGCAAAAGUAUUGAAAUCAUCGCCCUUUUCAUCGGCUACGAACAAGGAAUUUGAAUGGAUCCUGAAGCUCGGACUUGAUAAACUUGUACCCAAUGAAAAAAAUGAUAUUUCACUAUUUUUGAGUUUGAGUAGCAGUAGCAAAAAAGUAUUUGCUAGAUACUUCGUUACAGCUUACGGUGAUCAACAUAAAAAACUUAAAACUGUACGCGACACAGUUGGUACAGAAUAUAACGGCUCGAUCACAAGUUGGGGCUGGAAUUGUUUUCUACAAUACGAUCAAAACUUCAAAAAUUCUCUAACUGAGAAUAAACUGACGAUCGUUUGCGAAAUAGAGUUCUCUGAGAUGAACAAAGAGAGCGAAACUUUUAAGCGUUGUAAGCCCGAAGAUCCCAGGUGCGAUACUCUUUCUGAAGGUUUCGAAUCGUUGUUGAAAAACGAAGAGCUCGUAGAUGUUAAGCUUUCUGUCAAGAAUAAAGAUUACCCAGCACAUAAAUCCAUUUUGGCUGCUCGAAGCCCGGUUUUCGCAGCCAUGUUUAGACAUAAAACGAUAGAAAACGAAGAAAAUCGUGUAAUUAUCGAAGAUAUCGGCGAAGACAUUAUGGAUAAAAUGUUGACAUACAUUUACACAGGAGAAUGUGAGAAUGUCGAUAACAUGGCGCACGAAUUAAUCGAAGCUGCCGAUAAAUACGCGUUGGAUGGAUUGAAAAUAAUUUGCAGCGAAGCAUUGUGCAAAACGUUGACCGUGGAAAACGCGUCCAAUGUUCUGGUAAUGGCAGAUCUGCGUGGUAUGAAAGAUCUAAAAGAUAAAGUGAUUGCAUUCGUAAGUUGUAAUUUCGCUGAAGUAUUGGACACGGAAACCUGGAGGAAUAUUUUACUGACGUAUCCCGAAUUAGUAAACGCAGUUUGUAAGGGAGUAGCUAAUAGGCAAGGCUGUACAAAAAUGUGUGUUUUGAAAAUAAAACCAAAAAAAAGUCUUUUUUUUGUUUUAAAACAGUUUUUUUCGCUUGUUUAUAACUAUGUGUUCGCUUAAAAUGUGUUUUAAUAAACACAAAUUGAUUUGUUUUGGGUUCACCAGUUAUCAAUUUUCAAGAUGUGACGUCAUAAAUGAGCCAUAAGGAUAAAGAAAUAUUUAAAAAUUUAACUCAAAACACAAAAUUUGUCUCUAAAAAUACAGUUUAUUCAAUUCCACUUCUUUUUCAACAAUUUCCCAAAAAAACGUGUUUUUUUUAGGAAAUUGUUUUUGAAAAAAAACACGUUUAAAACAAAACAAGAAUCUGUUUUAAACGGUUUUUUUUUUUUCUUUAAAACAUCGGUUUGGUUUUUCAUUUGUUUAGUCAACUGAUCGUCAAUGAGAGAUCGCCACUUAAUAUUUUUUGAACAUGAAAUUGAAUAUCUAUCUUUAUCAAUUCGUCAAAAGAGAUAGGUACCUAAACGAUGCUUUGUAAAUAUAAAUACAUUCUAUGUUCUUAGCUGUACCUGAUAAGUGUAGUGUACCUACAUAUUGAUAAUUUCAAUUAAUUGCCUCCAUAAAGCUAACGAUAAAUUGUACCUACAUUGUAAAAAUAAAAAUUUGAAGUG